AUGGAAACCGUCCGAGCUGCCUUCGCCGACCGACCUCGUCCUCUUCUGUCCUACGGGAUACCCUUCCCCACAGCGGCGGCACACCACGUGCGGGAGACCUUUGGGGCUACGCGAGUCUACGUGAUUGUUUCGGGGUCGUUGGCGCGCAACACGGAUGUGCUGGAACAGAUGGAGACGGCCCUGGGCAAGGAGACCCUCGUGGGGACUCGGAUCGGUAUGCAGAGCCAUACGCUCUGGUCGGAGGUGUUAGAGAUUGUCCAUGAUGUGCGACGCGUGCAGGCAGAUCUCUUGAUCACGAUUGGAGGGGGGAGUUUAACCGAUGGGGCCAAGCUGAUUUCGUUGGCCAUCGCAAACUCUGUAGCCACCGUCAAUGACCUCUCCACUCUGACUGUGGGACCGAAUCAACGACCGGAUAUCCACAGGCCCCAGAUCCCUAUAAUCUCGGUGCCGACGUCCCUGUCGGCCGGAGAAUACUCGAACUUUGCCGGAGCGACGGACGAUGUCUCGAAACAGAAGCACAUGUUCCAUUCGCCGGUGCGCGGCCCCGAACUGGUGAUUCUCGAUGCCAAGCUGACGACAACUACGCCCGAACGGAUCUGGUUAAGCACGGGGGUGCGCGCGGUGGAUCACUGCGUCGAGACGUAUGUGGCCGUGUCAUUGUCGGUGACGAAUGAAAAGACCGAUGCAUUGGCCUUACAUGCGCUGGGUCUGUUGAUGCCCGGGUUAUUGCGAUGUAAACACGACCCGGGAGACCUGGAGGCGCGAUUACAGUGUCAAUUGGGUUCGGUGGAUGCCAUGGCAGCUUGUACGAGUGGUCAGGCCGUGCAAUUAGGUGCGAGUCAUGGAAUUGGGCAUCAGCUCGGUCCCUUGGGCGUCGGUCACGGCGAGACGAGCUGUAUCCUCCUCCCUGCCGUGUGCAAGUUCAACGCGGUGCAUCACGCCAACAACGAGCAUCAAGACCGCUUGCGUCGCUUCCUCGUCGGCCUGCCGGAAGUGGCGUCGGUGCUCCAACGGCGCGGUUUGGACGGCAGUCGGGCGGAUUUGGGCGACGUGUUGGAUGCCGUGAUCCGCGAACUGGGCCUGCCGCGGUCAUUGAACGAGGUGGGAGUUGGACGCGAUCAGUUAGACGCGCUGGCUGUUAACAGCCUGCACGAUCGCUGGUGUCAGACGAAUCCGGUUCCGUUGACUGAGAAGGAGCAAGUGGUGGAGAUCCUGGAGCAAGUAGCGUAA